ACUGUCAGACAGACAUGUCUCUGUCACACACCUACUGACACUGUUACCACUGUUUGUUCUAUUUAAAUAUGUGUGUGUGUAUUUAAAUAUUUUAUAAAGAAAUCAGAUAUUUUUCUGUUCAUUUCUUUUGGAUAUUUCAUUGAUUUUUUUAAAUAACAUUUUACUUUGUUCAGAUGUGUAUGUGACGUGUUUUUUAUUUCUGACUUUUCCUUUCACUCUCCUGUUUCACAGCAUUAAGCCUCUUUUGUUAGACACGUGAGUAUGUGGUCAAAGUCCUGACAUGGUUACUGCACCUGGUUGCUAUGGGGUUGCUAGGUGACCUGAUCAUAUAUAUUUAUCUGAACAGAAAUGAAAGUUCUCAGAGUCCAUGUUGUUCUCUGCCCUCCUGAUAAUAACCUCUGGUGUUAAUGAAGGAGCGGGAUCCUGUGCUCUUCAUAUUAAAUCCAUACAGACCAUGAUAAACACUACACAUGAAGCUUUACUGAAUAAAAGACGUUUAACAGACGAGAUGACGUGUUUCCGUGUUGUGAGGAGGCGCGCGGCGGUGUCAGGGUUGCGGGUUUGAUUCCCGCAGGAUCACAGUAUCCAGAUGUCACGCUAAUGUACAUUUAUGUAUUUAGGUUAUUUCUGUAUUUAGGUUGCUGACAGAGGCUCCGCUGACGGACGGGCCCGCCGUCCAAUGGGAGCUGCGGCUCGGCUCCAGUGCGGCGCUGUGAUUGGCCUGCGCGGGGACGGAGGGGGCGGGGCUGUGAGAUUACAGCAGCAGCGCUCUCUCCGCAGAUCCAGCGGACAUCUGGAGCAGCCCUGCCCGGGAAUCAAACCUCCGAGCAUCCAGCACCGACAUCCCGCACACAGCCGGCCCCGGAUUUCGCGGUGUGUUUACCGGUGAAAACGCAGCCGGGCUCCGGUGCUGUAGCAGCGGCUCCGCGGGCUGGAUCUCCACCGGGAGGCGGCUGCGCUCCGCGGGGACCGACGGACCGAUUCUACCGGUGAAAACACGGAGAUACGACUGAAACCCGGGAGGAGGGUGAUGGACUGAACUGAUCCGACAUCUGACAGGGGUUAGGCCCGAUGGAAGCUGCGACACAUCUGGAGCUGGCGCGUCUGGAUCCCGGUUCCUGCCUCGGUCUGGAUUAAAGAGCCGAGUCACUCGGGAUUUGACAGAUUUUUUCUGCUGUAGUUUUUCUGUUUUGAUCUGUUUCUGUCGGAUUCACGGUCCUGGUGGAGAGUUUGAGGGAGCAGGCGGAUCCUCCUCCUCCUCCUCCUGCUGGUCUGGAUUAGAGCCCAUCAGGAUCAUGAAUCAUCCCCCCUCUGCUCCUCUAAUCUGGGUUUUACCGAGCUGGAUUUAAGUCUGAGAUCUGAUCUGGAUUACUCUGCUCCUGGUUCUGAUCGGGUCACGUCUGACCCGGUCUGAACCUGGUCCCGGUCCUGCCUGGUGUGAUCUUGCACUCGGUCCUGGUUCUCUCUGGUCGUGGUCUGGGGGAGUCUCUGCUGUCACCAUGCCGACGUCCCGGCCUGGUUCGGAACCCGUGGAGUUCUGGGUGGAGGGGUCGAGGCGGGACGGGACGGUGGAGGAGUUCUACACCCUGAACUCCGAGCUCGGCAGAGGAGCGACGUCCAUCGUGUAUCGCUGUGAAGAGAAACAGACUCAGAAACCCUACGCUGUCAAAGUCCUCAAGAAAACGAUCGACAAGAAAAUCGUUCGUACAGAAAUCGGCGUCCUGCUGCGCCUCUCCCACCCAAACAUCAUUCAGCUGAAGGAGAUUUUUGAGACGGACACUGACAUCGCUCUGGUGUUGGAGCUGGUGACUGGAGGAGAGCUGUUCGACAGGAUCGUGGAGCGAGGUUACUACAGCGAGAGAGACGCCGCUCACGUCAUUAAACAGAUCCUGGAGGCUGUGGCGUACUUACAUGAGAACGGCGUUGUGCAUCGUGACCUCAAACCAGAGAACCUGCUGUACGCCGACCUGUCGCUGGACGCGCCGCUCAAGAUAGCCGACUUUGGUCUGUCCAAAAUCGUCGAUGACCAGGUCACCAUGAAGACUGUCUGUGGUACUCCAGGGUACUGCGCUCCUGAGAUCCUGCGGGGAAAUGCCUACGGCCCUGAGGUGGACAUGUGGUCGGUGGGCGUCAUCCUCUACAUCCUACUCUGUGGGUUCGAGCCCUUCUUCGACCCGAGGGGGGAUCAGUACAUGUACAGCCGAAUCCUCAACUGCGACUAUGAGUUUGUGUCUCCGUGGUGGGACGAGGUCUCUCUCAAUGCCAAGGAUCUGGUCAGUAAGCUGAUUGUCCUCGACCCUCACAAGCGCCUCAGUGUCCGGGAGGCCCUGCAGCAUCCCUGGGUGCUGGGUAAAGCCGCCCGCUUCUCCCACAUGGACACCACCCAGAGGAAACUACAGGAGUUCAACGCUCGGCGUAAGCUCAAGGCUGCCAUGAAGGCCGUCGUUGCCACCAGUCGGAUGCACGAGGGCUCACGGCGUCGCACCGACAGCUGCGAGAUUCCAGGCUCGGGGGCUUCCAGGCAGAGCAGCAUGCAGCAGGAUCCGCCCCCAGAGUCCACAAGCCCUGCCCCAGCAGACAAAGAGGCCCCGCCCCCAGGUCAACAGCCACAGGACGACGAAUCAAAGCCCGACCAAAGUGCACCUAGCCCCUCCCCUCCGCGCAGUCCCAAACCCCCCAGCUCUGACAUCACGCCCACAGGCCCCGCCCUGACCAGACCGCCACUGCGAGCCGACGGGCUGCGACAGGCGUCCGUCGUCCCCAAAACCGUGCUGGUCCAACCCCGGCUGCCGCAGAAAAGCUGCUCCCUGGUAGAGCCUGCCCCUAGAGUUGAGACCACGCCUACGCUGGCCACGCCCCCAAGUCCCAACAGCCUCAGCAACGGCUUCACGCCGGGGGCGGAGCCUGCCAGUAAGACCGCCCCCUGUCAGUGAUCACCUGACGCUCCACUGCCUCAGUUUCACACAACAAUCACAAACAUGAUGAGGCUCAGCCUUCGUUUCACUUCACAAACAUCUAACAUCUGUUAUCGGGACCAAACUACACCAGAACCUAAAGUGUCUGUAACAUCCAGCUAACGUCUAACCGACAUCUUCCAGCUCUGUAGCUCAGCUGCUGCUAACACGCUAAUAGCUACGUACUCACUGAAGUUUGGUUGGAUAUUUUCGCAGCUGGACGUUUUUUUUGUUUCUACUGUCGAGCUGCUGGUGUGCAGUGCGAAGACUGGAGAUUAAACAUUUGUCCCAUAUCAGGACUUGUCAGAUCUCCUGUGCUCUUUUUACUGUGGAAAGAAAGACACCAGAGCAUGCUAACAAACACUGCUAACAAAGAGAGCCAGCUGACAAACGCCGCUAGCUAACAAACGGCACUAACAAACAGAGCUAGCUAACAAAGAGAGCUAGCUAACAAACACCACUAUCACAUGCUGCUAACACCACCAACAGAAAGUGGUGUGACCUUCAGAUCCAGUACAGAGGUAUGCUGCAGGUUGAACAUCCAUUCUUUUCUUUAAUGUUUUUGCUGAUUGAUUAUUUAGGUCAAAUGAGAUUUUAAUGAUCAUAUUCACAACCUCUCCCUCAUAUGAGCUGAGCAGAUUGUAUUGGAGUUAAUGCUGGAUUUUCUGCCAACAGUUCGGUGACACAUUUGGAGCUCUUUCCACCCAGUAGACAUUUUUCUUGUGUCAGAAAUUCAGGCUGACACAAACAGUUUUUCCCAUUUGGCCACUUGUAAUUAUGGUUUAAACAAUAAGACGCCAGCGCAGCCUAAUGUGAAAUAUCACAGUGCAUUUUUAAAGCAAAUCAAUCAUAAAAAAACAUUAAAAAAAUUAAAACUGCUCUCAGUUUACUGCUUUAAUCAAACUAAAAUGGCAUCUCUUGGUGUUUGUCUUUUCUUACCACAGUAACAAACAUUUAACUGCUGAGUGAAAAGCAGCUAAUUGUGUUUGAAACAGAUCUGCACAAACCAAUGAGCAUGUUUACAACCAGAGCAAAGUGUUACACUCAUCUGACAUCUGAUCACAGGUAUUUACAUUUAGAUCUGGUGUUAAUAACUGUUCUCAUUGUCUGCAUCAUUUUGCUGCAUGGUAAUCAGGUCUCAGUGUUCAACAGUUCAACACAUUAAACAGCUAAGACCGCUACAACAAUUGAGGCAAGGGUUGACUACAGCUGGAAACGUAGUCUGCUUUUCAGGAGCUGUGCUAACGAGGCUAACUUAUACUGUUAGAAGGUGAUCAGGGCCGGUGGAGAGGUUGGGUUCUCCUGGGCACAGGCCACAGUGUGUUGAUCUCUGGACUUAUGGAGUCCUGUAGCUCUACUCUCUGAUCCUGUUGAGAACGACUUGAUGAAAAAUCUCAAACAUGGCAAAAACUACAAUCACCUCCUCCAACUCGUCCAGUUGCAGUAAAUUAGUGUGUGAAUUCUUGAGUUAUGGCCAAAAGGUGUUUUGUGCGAUGAUAGAAACCUUUGACUUUUGACCACCAAACUCUAAUCAGUUCAUCUUUUAGUCAAAGCAAACGUUUGUGCCAAAUUUCUUCAAGGUGAUCCACAGAUAUCAGUUUCAAGAAGCCAAAGACGUGUUUGGUAACAGUGACCUUUGACUAAUAAAUACAAUCCGUUUAUCCUCAAGUCCAAGUGAAUGAUGCAAAAAAAAAGGAAACUCCCUAAAGGCGUUCCUGAGAUAUCUUGCUCAUGGGAAUGCUACGUAUGCUCAUAGGUACGAAGAGAUGGACCGACAACCCCAAAUAAACACCAGAGAGGACACCAGGUUACUGUCUUUUGUAUUCUGUAGGAUUAAUUCGCACGUUAAUUAAUUUUUUCUUUAUGUUGUUUUUGUUCACACAGAAUGCAAAUAUUACACAGAGAAAAAAGUUAUUUUUUCCAGAAGGAGGUCGACUUUUCUGAGCUUUCACGCUGCAAAUAAAGGCAUCACAGACUGAGAGGCUCUGGGUCUAAGGAUCCUGGUAGUUGUUCCUCUGUCUCAACCUCAAACUGUCUCACUGAACAUCGUGAAGAUAUGUCCACAACCGGCGCAGCUUCAGCUCUUGUAUAUUUGUGGGCGAGUAUUUCGCAAUUUCAGAUUUAAUUUGUGUUGCGCUGAAUGUGAAAAGACCUUCAGAGUCUCUAUCAUCCAAGUUUGAUCCUUUGUUGUUUGAUCAGCUCCUGCUUUUCCUGUUGUGCUCUGCCUCACUCAGGAUGUUUGCUCUUGUGUUUGGGCUCAUUGUCUCAUAAUGUGUCCAUGGUCUUGAUCCAGCGGUUUCGAGACUUGGCCUUGUCUUGUGGGACAGACCAGUCUCCUGAGCAGUGCAGCUUUAUGGUCUGUAGCCUUUUGACGAGCAGCUUGAGGGAGUAAGGUGACCUGAGAUCUGAUCACAGAUGUGGUUCAGACAAUCCGUGCAUUUAAGGGCAAAACACUCUGUUGCCGUCGAAGUGUUGUAUCAUGACUUUGUUUAAAUCUAAAACCAGUCGUUGAACAGGCGUCUCCAGUCUGUGGUUCACUGCCAGUUUAGCUUCUGAUAUGGGACAAAUGAAGACUCUGGUCUCCUCUGGCUUCUUCGUCUUCUCCUGGCUCAGAAGGUGAAUUCUUCCUCGGAUGCUCAGGACGGAGCUGAUUGAUUGUAUUUUAUUAAACUUUAGUAACACGGCACAUGUGGACACUGAUGUGAAGGACGAGAGGCGAGAGAGCAGCAGCUGCUUCUUCUCUCUCGGCUUCUUCUGUUUCUUCUUUGCAUCCCUUUUAGUUUUUCGAAGCAUGUGUUUUCAGACUUUAACGUCGCUGUAAAACUCUGAGAGGAGAAAAAAGGAGAUUUCUGCUUCUCAAAGAGACAAUCUGCUUUGAGUUUUUUAUCCUUUCUACUCUUUACUGUUGACACCCGCUGACUGUAUGAGUAGAUAGCGUAGCUCCAGUCUUUAGCGUUCAGGUAAGUAACGUGUUGUGUUUGUGAGCUUCUAGUAAAACGUUGUGUUGUUUACACUUUAUCAGCAGUGAGGAUGAUCUCCUGUUUGCACUGUACAUAGUUUGGUUUUAGACAGAUUAUUGCUGACAUCUUUACUGCUCCACAAAACCAGAAACACGUUGUUGUGUUCAAACCCCCCGAAAAUACCAAAUCUGACCUUUGGUGGAAAUCAAACCCUUUCAUCUGAUCUGAAACCACACAUUCUACCUCUUUUUGUACAGGGGCUUCCAAAACGCUAAACACGAUCGCAGACCACAAAGAGAAAAUCAUGAUACAAGCAGGUGGACCUGAUGCCACUCAAAGAUAAAAAAACUAUCCCACGUUAGAAGCCAAAUCACUGGCGGCUAAGACGAUCCAACAGGACUGCAGUGUGAGAAACAGCAGCUGGUUCAGUCUCUAAAGAACGAUGGUCGAGACGUUUCUGGGCCUGUAUUUAUCAAACAUCUCAGAGCAGGUUAUUCCAAUCUGGACAGAAAAUAUAGGAGAGCUGACUCUGUUUGGACUCGUCCAAUCGGAUGCUUCCUGACAGAACUGAUAAUGAAGUACCUAAUAUCUAAAGUGCAAUGUAGAGUGGUGCAUUAUUACAAAUUAUGUAAGGUAUUUCCAUAAAACACAUAAAAUUUUAAUAUAAUAAAGUGGUGCUGUGAGAAAACUACGUCAUUAUAAUCUCACUCUGUGGUUCCAGAGCGACAUCUCUCUUGAGUCGAGAGCAGGAGGUUUGAAGAGUUUUUUAUCCACAGGUGGUUCCACAAAGGUCCUGGUCUCGUCUUUAUCUCUAAAGGAGCUGUCUGCUAGGUUUUCUCAGGUUGCAGUUCUUUUUGUUCUGUCUCAGCCACCAAACAAAAUCCUGGAUCGUGCAGAGAAACACAUUCGUUCCUGACAGGCUUUUCUCUUUAAAGACUCACAAACCUACAGAAAGUCCUGAAAAAUGUUAAAUCCUGAAUCCUGACACCUGCUGGUCCUAGACCAGUGGAUCAGACUGGUUGAACUGGUUUUGAGUCGUCAUCUCUAGAACAAAGUUUAGCAGAUCUUGGUUUGUGGUUUGGUUCCUCUUUAAAUAAUCUUCUACAAACGGUUCUGACGCAGCGUUUACCUGUCCACAGGUGUUUACCUGUCCACAGGUGUGUGUAACUUCUUGCCAAAUGGAAAACACUGGAUAACUAGCUGUCACGGUAAAAAGCAUGUAAACUGUAUAUUUGAUUUAUAUCUAUACUCUUCUGUACAAACAUGAAUAUUUUGCUUCUAUUUAUCGCAGCCUCUGGGGGAGGUGUGUGGGAGGGUCUGAGGUGGGCGGGGCUAACCUGUAAAUGGUGUUUGUUUUGUGUUUGAUGAGUAAACCUGUACCUUUUUUAUUUUGGAGGAUGACAUAUAAACUGACGGUGUAACAGUCGCAGCUGUUACCUGUGUAUCUCUGCAUGUAUUCUUUUGUUUCUGUUGAUCAUAUCAGAUUAAAGAGGGUGAGGAGAGUUUGAAUCCUGCAGGACUCUGUAACAGCAGCUGAUCUGGGUUCAGUCUGAUUGAAACGUUUCAGUGUCUGAGGCAGGAUUUUACAUCACAUGUACAGUAAAGGAUAGCUGAUUAAAUCA